CACACACACACACACACACACACACACACACACACACACAAAUAAUAAUGUUGACAACUGGUUCGAGAAAGAGAAAUCCUCCGAUCGAGCCCGCCACUCCUCGCGGCGAUACAACCGUUUCUUUUCCUAGGUAAGAGGGAUAAAGGAGAUGACGCUUAGCGGAGAAAAUUGUAUUUCACCUCCUUCAUUGGAUAUUAAUAGAUGGUAAAUGAUCAUUGUGGUUUAAUUGUGCAUUCGAUCAUUACUCCCUUCUCAGUCGUCAUUUUGCAUAAAAAGGUAAGGUCCUAUUCAACUUGUUGUCCUAUUUGAAAAUGUAAGGUGCGUUUCACGUGUAUCGUUAACGAUUGCCGCUAACAGUUUAAGGAUGUAUUGCCCGUAUCUCGAGACGGAAAAAAUUAUGAAAAAAAUUACAAAUUAAUCUCACAUUGCACUUAAAAGUGAUACUAAAAGUCCGACAGUAAUUCGGAGCCUGGAUCAAAAGUUAUUCCACUUUAAAGGAGGUUCUGAGAUGAAGUAAGCAUAAGUCAAUACAUCUAUGAAUGUGUAUUUGACAGCUCACUGAAGUUGUCACCUCGAGAGAAUUUUCAACAAUCACCGGAUCCCCAAAAGAAUCUGAAAAUGCCGUGUAACACCAAGUUCGUUUGGUUGUUUUCAUUAGAAACCGCUAACCAUAGCGACUUUGACGGAAAGAGGCGAAAAGAAAUGGAUAUCGCGUCAGCGAGUAUAAAUUCUACUUACGCGACGGUUAGUCGGUUCCCGGUCUUUGAUAAAAGCAGUCACAGUUUUUCGUGUCUUCUAAUUAUUCAAGUGCAUUUUUGCUUCUUUCUCGACAUCUCUGUGUCUCUUAGAGAAUGUCAGUUCUUGCAAAAUUUCAGCUCAGUUAACUCCGAUUAUGAAUUAUUAACUCUGAUUAUGAAAAUAUGAAAGUGAGAAACGAUUAAGAUCACCUUAAUUAAACCUUAACGAUCACCUUAAACGAUUAAGAUCACCUUAAUCGUUUCUCACUUUCAUAUUUUCAUAAUCAGAGUUAAUAAUUCAUAAUCGGAGUUAACUGAGCUGAAAUUUUGUGUCAAAAUUUAUCCGUGAAUGACCUGCCAUUUAUUAUCCAUUUUGGUGAACAAUAUCUCCGACCACCGGCUUUGAGUGGUGACGUAGAUCACUCAUCUUCAUCGAGCUGUAUAUAUCUUUUUAUUCUCCCAAGGCGACGUAACCUGCCGAAAAUAUUCGAUCUUCCUCAGCCGUGAACAAGCUAAGAUAGCGGUGUUUCCCAGAAUUCAAUUUAAUUGCAGUAAAAGAAACCAGUAUUACUACUGACCGAUUCUUGUUUAAAAUAAUUUCAACAAUUGAAGAAUAAACGGUAUUAUGGACGUGAUUAAGUUAGAAACGAUCACUAUUAAAGAAGCAAUAGAGGUAGCAGGAGGAGACGAGCAGCUCUAUCAAGAGAUGCUCGAUAAAUUUCGGCAAUGGCUGCAACAGCAAUCUCACCUCCCACAAGAAAUUUCGGACAAUCGAUUACGGUACACUCUUUUAUCUUCGAAAUUCAAUUUUGAAAAAGCUAAGAGACGUUUGGACUUGAUAUAUACUCUUCGUAAUUUACUUCCUGAGAUUUUUGACGACUAUGAUCCGUUGAGCAAGAAUAUUACUCGAAUUCACAAAAGCGUGCAGUGGGUACCUUUACCAACAUUAACUCCGGAAAAGUAUAGAGUCUCUUGUUUUAAAUUGCUCCCCGAUGAGGAAUCCUUUCAUUUGCAUGAUAUAUUGAGAUAUGCGUUGAUGACAUUAGACAUACGUGCAAAGGAGGACACAGUUAAUUCUGAAAUUAUUAUUGCCGAUUAUACUCAUCUUACUUUGGGUCAUGUAUUAAAAUAUACGCCAAGCGUAUUAAAAAAAGUGGACCUCUGUAUGGAGGCGUACGGCAUGAGAUUCAAAGUAUUGUAUGCGAUAAACGCACCGCCUGUUUUCGAACAAAUGUUGGCGCUUAUAAAAAAAUUUUUGAAACCAAAACUUUUUGGUAGAAUACAAAUCGUCACAACCGGGAUAGAAUCGUUAUAUAACGAUUUGCCGAGGUCUAUUUUACCAGCGGAUUAUGGCGGUUAUGCGCCAUCAUUGGAUACUCUAACAGACAUGUGGCGGGCGAAACUAAUGGAACAAAGGGACUGGUUACUGGAUCAGAAUAAACUUAAGGUUAACGAGUCUCUCCGUGUUGAUUCCGUGAUAAAUCCGGAUGACUUGUUCGGAGUUUCUGGAACUUUCCGAAAGUUGGACAUCGAUUGACACUUUAUGAACAUUUUAUGGGUUUCUAGGUGAUAUAUAUUGUGGCAGUUACGUAUUACGAUACAUAUUACGCAAAAUAUGGAUAUUGCAUAUAAUGUUAAAAUAUCUUAAGCGAUUUUAUAUAUAAGGGAACAUGCAUGUAGGUCGUCGGGAAUAAACAUUUUC